CCGGACUUCGCACACACGCAUACACUCUCUCUCUGUGGAAAUGAAGGGAGACCCAAAAUAUCUGGAGGACCUGCCAUAUGAGUACACCAGAAGCGACUCCAGAAAGCUUCAGUCUUUCACCCUUUUAUCUUCUUUCUUCACCUGUUUCUCCUGUUAGUCUUACAAAAAGUCAUCACAUUUCUCUCUCUCUCUCUCUCUCCUCUCGCUCUCUCUCUCUCUCUCUCUCUUCAUCUGGCAAUUGGCAAGCUCGGAGGCUUGGAUUGCAGGUGAAUUUGAACGCGGUUGCGAAAGUUUUGAUAUCGAAAAAUCUGUGAACAUGUUGCGCCUCUGGAGCGGUUCUCAUCAGCAAGUGAACGAUCCGUUGAAGCACGACGAUAAGAUCAAUGAGAUGAAGGCUGCGAUCGGACCGCUAUCCGGACGCAGUUUGCAGUUCUGCACUGAUGCAUGCUUCAGGAGGUACUUGGAGGCGCGGAAUUGGAACGUUGACAAAGCGAAGAAAAUGUUGGAUGAAACGCUCAAAUGGAGGUCAACCUAUAAGCCCGAGGAAAUCCGCUGGCCCGAAGUUGCAAGUGAAGGCGAGACUGGAAAAGUUUACAGAGCAAGUUUUCGCGAUCGUAGUGGGAGGAGUGUUCUUAUACUGAGACCGGGAAUGCAGAACACGGUGUCAAUCGACAAUCAAAUGCGUCAUCUGGUGUAUCUGAUUGAGAAUGCUGUAUUCAACCUUCCCGAGGGCCAAGAACAAAUGGCGUGGCUGAUUGACUUCACGGGGUGGACGCUAAGUACUACCGUGCCUGUGAAAUCAGCUCGAGACACCAUCAAUAUUUUACAGAACCACUACCCCGAGAGACUUGCAGUAGCAUUUCUCUACAAUCCCCCACGCAUCUUCGAAGCGUUUUGGAAGAUUGUCAAGUAUUUCUUGGACAACAAGACAUUCCACAAGGUUAAGUUCGUUUACCCGAAGAACAAAGAUAGCGUGGAGCUUAUGAAACAAUAUUUCGACCAGGAAAAUCUCCCUACCGAGUUUGGAGGACAGGCCAUACUAAACUAUGACCACGAGGAAUUCUCGAAAUUAAUGAAUCAAGAUGAUGUGAAAUCAGCUGCAUUUUGGGGUCGCGAUGAAAAGCUACCACAUUGUGUUAAUGGGCGUUCUGGAGCCGAGGUGGCUCCAGAACCGGUGAGCGUUACACCGGCAGCCAGCUGAGCCUCCCGCCCCAACUCUUAGCGCAUGAUCAUGAUGGUGCACCGGAAUCCUCCAUAGCGGGAGCUGAUAAAGUAUAUCGGAAUAAGUGAGAGGGACUAACUCAUUGAGAUGGUUCUGGAAGGCUGCAAGCUACGAUCCGGCAGGAAUUUUAUUACUUCAUGGCGGGUUUUUCUCUUGCAGGCAUCGGCGAGUGCCUGUUACCUUACUACUAAACAUGUUUAGUAGCUACAUUAUUAUUAAGAAAACAAAUUACCGAUUUGAUGUCCUUAA